AUGUUACCAUCCCAAAGGAAGAUAUCUGCAUCACAGGCAAUCGAAAUAGACUUAGCUGAAAAAUCUGGAAUCCGGCUUAAUGCUGCAUUUGAGCUCAUGGGUAAUGAAGCUGGUGGAGGGGAGUCGCUUGGGUUCAUAAAAGUGGACCAAAAAAAUUAUUUGAGAACGAAGAGGCAAAACAGUUUAGCAUAUGGGGAGGCAGGUAGCAUUUUGCAAUAUUUUCGUGAGAAGACAUUGGAGAAUCCAUCUUUUUUUUACUCGGUCCAGUUAGAUAGUGAGGAGCAGAUUACAAACAUAUUUUGGGCCGAUGCUCAGAUGAUCAUGGAUUAUGGGCAAUUUGGUGAUGUUGUGACUUUCGACACUACUUACAAGUUAAAUAGUGCACAUAGACCAUUUGCGUCUUUCGUUGGAUUUAACCAUCAUAAGGAAACUGUUAUAUUUGGCGCAACUUUGAUGUAUGAUGAGACUGCUGAUUCUUUUAUAUGGCUUCUUAGAAGAUUCUUGGAGGCAAUGUCAAGUAAGGCUCCAAAAACAAUUUUUACGGAUCAGGAUGCUGCAAUGGCUAAGGCCAUACCUAUUGUCAUGCCUAACACAAAACACCGCCUUUGCACUUGGCAUUUGAUGCAAAAUGCAUUAAGGCAUGCAAAUUCUAUCUUCAAGGAUAAGGAGGUGAGGGAUAAGGAGAUGAAGAGCGUUUUAUCCAAAUUUAUGUACGACAUUGAGGAUGAGGAUGAUUUUACGUUAAAAUGGGAGGAAAUGCUUGACAAGUAUGAAGUGCGAGAUAAUCAUUGGUUGAAGUUAACAUUUGGGGUCAAGGAAAAAUGGGGUUGGCCAUUUGUUAGAAAUACAUGGGGUGCGGGUAUGAGUAGCACCCAACUUAGUGAAUCCUUUAAUGCAUUCUUGAAGGAUUUCAUUCAGUCUGAUCAUAACUUAAUGCAAUUUUUCAUGCAUUUUGAUCGAGUUCUUUGUGAGAAGAGGUACAAAGAGUUAUAA